GAAGAGCCAAUAAACGCAAUCAAAGAAGCUUCUCAAAACCAUGUAGACAGGAAAAUAAUUCAAGCUGAGAGAAAACCUUACAGAAGACAAAAACAAAAAUGUGUAAUGUUAGUAACUAUACAGAAAUGUAGUUCCAUUAAGAGUACAGCAUGAAAAGAGAGAAGUUACUUGCUGCUCCUUGUUUUUCCCACUGCUGUGAGCGAUGACAGGUGCUGCCUGUUCAGUAAUAGAUACCUUAAUUGUGCCGUGGCACUGUUUCCAAUGGGGAGACUGGUGUUAAUUCAUGUUUGAACGCAGAAACAGUUUGGCUUGGGCCCACCCGAGCAUGAAACACUUUGAACCGGUUACAUUUUAAUUGGCCCUGUCCCAUGGGGGAUAGAAGUGAGUUUAUUGAGUGUGUGGGUGUUGAUUCUGUGCAGUCGGCCAGUAGCACAUGAUCGCAAGACACCAAAGGGCUCCGUUCUCUUCUUAUUGGAACUGCUUGUGCAAUCUACUGAUAUCUCUCACCUUCAUCUCUGAAACUUAAAAUAGCUGACAAAAAGUAUAUUUCUUAUCUCCAGACAAUGUGAUGGUGUUUUCACUUUAGGAUCACUGCUCACAAUUGUGCUGUUUUUCCUCAAGGAAUGGAAAAUCUCACGCCAGAACAAUGGCGCGAGAUUAUGAACAAGAAGAUGAGGUUCCCUCCCGAGCUCCUCAGUGCCAUUCGGGAAGGGAAAAUAGAGCUACUGUGUGGACUGUUGAAGACCGGUGAUGGCAUCAUCCGCCAACUGGAUGAGUCUGAGGAUCGCCAGUGGAGGGAGGCCCUCAACCUGUCCAUCCGCCUGGGAAAUGAGGACGGCAUGGACGCCCUCCUGCACGGGGUCAAGUUUGACUUCCGGCAGAUUCACGAGGCCCUGCUGGUCGCCGUAGACACCAACCAGCCCAGAGUGGUGAAGCGUCUGCUGGACCGCCUGGACCAGGAGAAAGGCAACAAGAUGGACGUGCGCUCCUUUUCUCAGGCCAUCUUUGACCACUCUAUUGACAACUCGCAGUUUGCCCCUGGUGUGACUCCUUUGACCUUAGCCUGCCAGAAGGACCUGUAUGAUAUAGUCACCAUGCUUACCCAAAAAGGUCACGUCAUCCCAUUGCCACAUAAGAUAUCCUGUGCCUGUCUGGAGUGUCGUAACGGCAGGCAGUACGACCUGCUGAAGUUCUCCUUGUCUCGUAUCAACACCUACCGUGGCAUCGCCAGCCGUGCCUACCUGUCCAUCACCUCUGAGGAUGCCAUGCUCAGAGCUUUUGGUCUCAGCAGAGAGCUCCGCAAGCUCUCACAAAAAGAGCCAGAGUUCAAGCCUCAGUACCUGGGCCUGGAGCAGCUUUGUCAGGAUUUCGCCGUUGAGUUGCUGGGCAUGUGUCGCAACCAGAGCGAGGUGGCCACCAUCCUGAACAGCUGUGGAGACGAGAGUCAGGAAGCCAUAGAGGAGCAGGCCUUUGAGGAGGGAAUACCCAACCUGUCACGUCUGAGGCUAGCUGUCAACUACAACCAGAAGGAGUUUGUAGCCCACCCAAUCUGCCAGCAGGUGCUGUCAUCUAUCUGGUGUGGGAACCUCGCAGGCUGGAGAGGCAGCAAGACGGCCUGGAAGCUGUUUGUCUCUGUGGGGAUCUUUCUCACCAUGCCCCUCCUCUGUCUCGUCUACUGGCUCGCACCCAAGUCAAAGGUAGGAAAGAUGCUAAAGAUUCCUGUGAUCAAGUUUCUCCUCCACUCAGCCUCCUAUAUGUGGUUUCUCAUCACGUUACUUGGAGAAUCAAUAACAAUGGAGCUGUACCGAGACAAAUAUGCCUCCCGGCAGCAGAACAUCCUGCACAGCUCCUUCCACAUGGUGUGGGUAGUUGGGUUCUUCUGGUAUGAGUGUAAGGAGGUGUGGAUCGAUGGGCUGCGGAGUUACUUGUUGGACUGGUGGAACUGCUUGGACAUGGUGGUGCUCAGCAUGUACCUGGCAUCCUUCGCGUUACGUGUGCUUAUAGUGCUCAAAGGUUACUUCCUCUGCCUUGAUCCUGACGGCACAGAGGAGUGUGUCUACUUCACUCAGACUGUGCGUGAGGACUGGCAUCAGGAGGACCCCCAGUUGAUUUCAGAGGUGCUGUUUGCAGUAACCAGCAUGUUGAGCUUCACGCGGCUGGCGUACAUCCUGCCAGCCCAUGAAUCUCUGGGAACUCUGCAGAUCUCCAUAGGGAAGAUGAUUGAUGAUAUGAUGAGAUUUAUGUUUAUAUUGAUGAUCAUUGGAACAGCCUUCCUCUGUGGCAUCAACAAUGUCUAUGUUCCUUAUGUCAUCUCUCCAUAUCUUGGCAGGUUUAAUGAGACGUUCAACUUCUUAUUCUGGACCAUGUUUGGCAUGGCCAACCAGGGCUACGUGGACAUGCCGGAGUUUGUGUUGGCAGAGUUUGUAGGAAGGAUUCUGUACGGCAUCUUCACGCUCGUCAUCGUCAUCGUCCUGCUCAACAUGCUUAUUGCUAUGAUCACUAACUCCUUUCAGAAAAUUGAGGAUGAUGCGGAUGUUGAGUGGAAAUUUGCCAGAUCAAAGCUGUACCUCAGUUACUUCAGAGAGGGCCUAACCAUGCCUGUGCCCUUCAACAUCAUCCCCUCACCCAAAUCUGUCUUUUACAUCUUAAGGGGUAUCUUUAGACGAAUCUGCUGCUGCACUUGUAAAUCUAAGGAAAACUAUCCCCCUAUAACCUCUAUGACCAAUGUUAAGGGAUCUGAAGACAGCCAGGUACCUUACCGGCAGCAGGUGAUCAGAGCUCUGGUUCAACGCUACAUUGAGUCAGCUCGCAGGGAGUUUGAGGAGACAAAGAGGAAAGAUAUUGGUAACCGGAUCACUGAGCUGAGCAAAGCAGUCAGCAGGAUGCACAUUGAUAUGAAAAUGAUGCAACAGCUUCGGGUGGAUGAUGGACACUCUGCAAGCGACGCAUUGACCAAGGAUUGCUCCUCCAUACUGGGGAAAUACAUCAUUGGUGCUAAGAACAAUUUCAGAGGUUUUGACACCAGACCAGAUGACAAAAUUACAGCACUCAAAUUGACAGUGCACAAUGGAGAGGAAGGGGUGGAUAACGAGAAGGUUGACUUAGAUACACACAAAAAAAAGGAGUCAGACGUACGACAGAAUCAGGGGGGCGAAGGUGGAGCAGAGGGAUCACAGCAGGUAACAGACUGUGAUUUUGUGAAAAUGGAGGAAGGCAGAGCUAAAGCAGAGCUGGGGGAUAAGACGUGUGAAAGUGAUAACAAAGAGCAGGUGGAAGAAGACAAAAAUGAAUAUACUGACACUGAAGUGAAAGAGGAGGGGGUGGAAGGGACAAGUUUUAAUAAUAUAGAAGAAACAGUAAAAGCCAAGGCCACACAGGGUGAGGCAGAAAAAAGUAUGGAAGGAGAGAUACUGACUGGAGCGAAGGUGGGUGGAAAACGCACAGAGACGACCCCUGAACAAGCUGAAAGCCUCAAAGUCAGUAAUGAAAACGCCGACACAAAGAGAAUGGUAAACAAGUUCAAAGACAUAGAGCUGCAAGAAAAACAAGUGGAGGCAAGAUGGAUGAAGGGUAGAAAGUCUGAGGAUAAUGUAGCAGAGAAGCCUUGUGUCAAGGCAAGCAAUGAAAAACCUGGAGGCAAGAAAAUGAUUCCCUCGCCAACAGGCAGCAGCAGCUCCCAGGACACGGGCUUUGGUUCCCGAGAAGGGGAGGGAUCGAUUGAUGGGAUGCUAGUGAGGUCGUAACUGGUGAUGUCCCUUUUAAAGGGCCACACUGACUAUUUCAGGUUUUGGCCCUUUGGUCACCUUAUCCAAUAUCUGAGGAGACACAAUUAAAAUUUAAUAACUUGGUU